AUGAAGCGGUAUGCACUGCGGUUGUUCAUAUCAUUCAAGUACAUCACAGCAAACGUUGUUGACAGAAAUAUUGGCCGAAUUGUUGUAACAGCAUCUACAAUUGAACAUUCUGUUAAGGGCUCACUCGAGUGUGGCCGCUCUUGCAAAGCAAAGGCAGCAGCAGUUGUUGAAGUGGUGCUCGCUAUGCAACUCAAUGUGGAAGGUCUUGACCAGGGACAGGGACGAGGGAUUCACGUCAAUGUAAAUAAUGAGGUUGAGAAGAAGGGUUUUAAGAACCGUACCAAGGUAUGGGCUAUUGUCAAUGCUCUUAAGAACAAUGAAGUACUUAAACUCAUUCUUGAUGACGAUGAAGAAAAUAGUUCCCGGCCAAGUUAA